CCUCGCGCGCAGCCGCGCCGCCUGCUCUGCCCUGGUGGGAUCCGCGGCCGCAUGGCUUCGGCCUCCGCUGCUGCCCUCUCGGGCCGCGGGGCCCGGAACCUGCUGCAGUUUCUGCGGCUUGUGGGGCAGCUCAAGAGAGUCCCACGCACUGGCUGGGUGUAUAGAAAUGUCGAGAGGCCAGAGAGUGUGUCAGAUCACAUGUACAGGAUGGCAGUUAUGGCUCUGCUGACCAAAGAUGACCAUCUCAACAAAGACCGAUGUGUCCGCCUAGCCCUGGUUCACGAUAUGGCAGAAUGCAUCGUUGGGGACAUAGCACCAGCAGAUAACAUCCCCAAGGAAGAAAAACAUAGGCGAGAAGAGGAAGCCAUGAAGCAGCUGACCCAGCUUCUCUCAAAGGAUCUUGGAAAAGAGCUCUAUGAACUUUGGGAAGAGUAUGAGACCCAGUCUAGUCCAGAAGCCAAAUUUGUGAAGCAGCUGGACCAAUGUGAGAUGAUUCUUCAGGCAUCUGAAUAUGAAGACCUUGAGAACAAGCCCGGGCGACUGCAGGAUUUCUAUGACUCCACAGCAGGAAAAUUCAGUCACCCUGAGAUAGUCCAGCUUGUUUCUGAACUUGAGGCAGAAAGAAACGCUACCAUAGCUGCCGCCGCCAGUGAGCCGUGUUCCUGAGUUGGUCUCUAUGUUGUUGCACUCCUGUAACAAACAUUUUAUUUUUCCAUUUCAUAAUACUGUGCUUUGCCACUGUUGGUCUAUUGAUUUCCUCAGAUGUGAGUCUGUUUAUUUUCAAUUCCCUGGACUCCAGCAAGAAACGCGAUGCAUUUUGGGCAAAAAAAGAAGCUACAGAACAGGAUGUGGUCACGGAUGAAGAUUUGGGGGUGGGUGCCUUUUUAUGAACUAAAUUAAAUAAAUUUAAAAACAUUAAACUUUGGAAUAUUUUUUGGAGGUUUUAAUUCAUCUAAUUCUGCAUUAAUACCCUACAUCUCCGAGGGCCAGAUUCAUUGAAUGAUAGAAAAUUUAAUUAUGAUUGUUUUUAAGAACAGAUUAUUCAGCUGACUUCGUGAUAAGGAUCCAGGAAACAGAAUGUGCUGCAUGCAUGCUCUCCUCAGACGAAGUGCUGCUUUAUUCAAAUGAUCACGCUCUGGAAACAGACUUUUAAUUUCACUUUGACCUGCUUUAGGUCCCUGAUCAUGGACUUGUAAACCUGCUAACAGGUGCCUUCCCUUCCCCCAAACCCCAGUCCUUUUUGUCAUUUGGAGAUAUAAAUUGGGGCAUGCAAUUUCAAA